AGCUUGUUGCCAGCAUGCAAAACUACAGGGUCGAAUCCUAAUGAACAAGGCUCACUGCAAACGAGAGUUCUGCCAGACCUUCCUACUGACUACCUUGCCCAGUGUGCCCGAGUACACACGAAGUUGAUAUAAAUUGCACAGCACCGAAUAAAGCAGCCGACGACAUGUGCCACGGCUGCCCACUUAUGCGUGCAUCACGGAUGGUUCAUGCAUGGCUGCAGUGCAGUUGGACACUCAAUCUUCGUCUCAAGGCGGAACACGCAGGAGCCUCGAGGCAAUCAUUCCUUCUUGAUGCCUCCUCUUAAGUACACCAGAGCCUCAAGGCUCUGCGUCAGCAUCCUAUCUCCAACUCUCCUAUCAUGUCACAGUGGGAAUCAUUACCAACAUGGCUGCAAAAUCAAGUCAAACAAAUCGAACGAGGAUCAUUAUCGUCGCUCAAAUUGCUCAAUCGCUCAAUCUCUUCUAAAGGGUUCUCUGAUCAUCUGCGUCCUUACUUUCAAACUCUCAUUCCUCUAUUUUUCGUUCAUCUUGAUCCAAGGCUCGUUCCCCAUGAGAUCGCUUCAGAUUCUGCACAUUCAAUUAUGCUCGCUAAGGUGUCCAUCAUGGGCAUUAGUUGCCUGUGCGGAGAGAAUCAAGGGGAAUUACGCGGUGCACCCCAAUUUCGUCAGAAGCUGUCCGACGCUAUACACUCACAUUGGAGUGGGGUAUCUGCAUGGGUUCAAUUUUUCUACCAUAAUUUCCUUGUCCCGCGGGAUGACCCAGUCGCACGCCUACACAGGAUCUACAGUGUAACCUCGCAGGAGGCUGCCAGCACCUCAAUACGGUUCAUCUAUGUGGCUAGCGUACUUCCUGGUGUUGUUGCACAUCUCUAUCGGACAACACCAAAGAUAGAGCGAAUCAUCAUGGAACUCUGGUACUUGGUGACGGACAUCAAACACGAAUAUUGCAUUGUUGGUCCAUAUCUUCGCCACUGGCGUCAGGACUUUAACAUGCUUCGCGCAUUCAUGGCCCAUAUAGUCACCUCGUGCGUGUACUAUGAGCCUCCUAGCACUCCUCUCCCGCCUCUGACAUCGCUCAUCGAAGCCGCUGGAGGAAGGACCCCUAUGGUUUUGGCUGCUCUCAAAUGCCUACGUUUUGCAGGAAAGGGAGCGGCUCAGAGAGACUGUGACAUGGUCAAGCAUGACCUCGAUCUUAGUCCCUUGAAUACUCUCUCGUUGACGUGCAAGCAAACGCUCAUCUUCAUGUUUGCUACAAGCCAGGCGGACCCUAUCAUUCGCGAACUCUUUCUCACACAUUCCUCGAUACGCACGGUUCUUAACACGCUGGCCGGAAUAGGAACACGUCCAGGUACAGAGCCUGACUUAGAUCCUACCAAUGAGAGUUUCUGUCAAAAGACUACGACAAAGCGGGCUGCCAUGGCUAUUGGCCAUCAGUACAUCUCCUUCGUGCUGGCGUGUUCUAAUAAUCCCAUUGAAACUGCUUGCCAUGCCCUUCGUUGUCGUCUUCUGGAGGUCCUCCUACGGAACUGUGUAUUCCCCUCGGAAAAUCGCUUGCACAAGUCCAGAUGGUCGGAUUACGACAUCAGGAUUUUUGAACAGUUGGGAGGGACGCUAAUUUAUGAGAGGGUUGUUCGUAUUGCCUCGAUAUCCAUGCAAUAUAUCGAUUCUCAGCGCCUUUAUGUGCAUGCCAUGCACGAUCCAACAUUGUGGGGCUCGCUGUUGACCUUCAAAGAGAUCCUUUCGCAACGUUGGAGGAUUCUCUCUACAUUGACGCCGUGUACACGCCCAGAGUACGAACGAACCUGUGGAGGUCCCGGGUGCACCAGUGCGAGCAUCAGACUUCGGCAGUGCGCUGGAUGCCAGACCACGAAAUACUGCUCAAAAUCUUGCCAGCGAGGAGCGUGGUCGACUGUGCAUCGUAAGCACUGCAGUAUCCUAAAGGCUGGGGUCGGAAUGGCCAAGGCUGAUAAGCAUCUUCGAUCAAGUCUGCCGUUUAUUGCAUUAAUUGAGGCAGCCGAGUUCGAUGAUGACAAGUGGCCAGGACAACGUGCUCUUCAACACAAACUGGCCACCGUGCAGGAAGAGAAUCCAGUAGAUGUCCACUCCUUGGUGCUUGAGUUGGACAUGACCGUGCUCCCCAUCAAACAUCGCAUACAGCCCCUUCGGCAAUGUAUCGGGCAAUUUCAAGAUACAAAUUGGAUGCGGAUCAUUCAGGGCAGGCAGGCUUUACAGGGCAACAGUAGACUCCCUGUGAUGACAAUAAUUACCACAAUCGAGGGCGCUAGGAGGAGAUCACUUUUCAGCCCACGGACGGCUUUGCAAUUAGCAUUUGGGUGGCCUCCGUCUGAGUUCACUAAAGAACUUCUUAUUCCGCGCAGUGUUCUGUUCGAUCACUGCACUAAAGCCUUCACAGGUUGUGCUGAAGAGGAGGAUGAAUCGAAAUCUGACCCAGAGAGUGCCUCAAAGGACCCUACACUCGCAAUCGGUACUGCAAAGUGCUCGCGUAUAGUAGGCGUUGAGGCCUAGGACAAGAGAGAGACGAAGGAUGAGUGACGCACAUAGGACAGAAGUUGCAUUCCCUACAUUUACUGUGCGUGAACCAUUCAUCAUAUAGUCGUGAGCAGAGUUGAACUUGCUAUAGUUAUCUAGACGGCUGGCUGUUCAGUCAGAUUUGAGUCAGGUACUAACAAGGUGUGUAAUAUUAGUGGCAG